AUGUUAUACGCAGCUUUGCCUCGUAUCAAUUAUCUGGAUCCAAGCCUUUAUGGUAAACGAGGAGAUUCAAUAACAUUAAGAUGUUAUGCCUCUGGAUAUCCAGCACCUCGUGUUGCAUGGACACACCAGGAUACCAAAAGAACAAUUACAAAUUCCAGUGUGACGUCAUUCAAAAUCACUGGUAAAGAAUCAGGGGGAAAGUAUUGCUGUCACGUGUCAAACGAUUUUGGGAAUGAGACCAAUUGCACGUCCCUUGAAGUGAUAGUUUUACCUCGUGUCAAGAAUCUAACCUUCCACCUUUCUGGUAAACAAGGAGAAUCAAUAACAUUAAGAUGUAAUGCCUCUGGAGAUCCAGCACCUCGUAUUACAUGGAUACACAAGGAUACCAACAGAACAAUAGCUAAUUCCAGUGUGACGUCAUUCAACAUCACUGGUAAAGCAUCAGGAGGAAAGUACUGCUGUCACGUGUCUAACGGUUUUGGGGAGGAGACUAAUUGUACGUCUGUUAAAGUAACAGAAUAUCAACCAAUAAAUGCAAAGCUGACAUCGGAUAUGAAAUUUGCCACAGCAAAUAAAACAUUUGAAGUAUUCUGUAAUGCAGACGCAUCUCCCCCAGCAAAUUACUCCAUCAAACAAGGAAAUAUAACAAUGGGGGGAUCACACAAAGAUGAGAAACUAGCUACACUUAUUGAGGGGAUCAUAAACAAGGGGUAUCGACAACGCAGAACAGAAUAUCUUAAGAGCGACUGUCUGUAA